AUGGCUGAUCAGCACCAGAAUCAGAGCCCAACCACCGCCUUUCACCUGCAGUACCGGGCGCUGAACCCCGACGACAAAGAGAUCCGUCUCAUCGAGGUCGAUCCUCUCGACGUGCAAGACUUCAGUCGAGACCCGGAUCACCAGCCCGUGGUGCGCUGCCGUCUGGAGCAUGUCAGUCUCAACGACGGGGCCUGCUUUUACACGGCACUCUCGUACUGCUGGGGGGACCCUCACAUGACGAAGCCCAUCGUCAUCGACGGCCAGGCGGUCCAGGUCACCACGAACCUCGAGUCGGCCUUGAGGCAUCUCGCCGUUGAGCGAUGGAGCGACGCCGACCUGGGACGGUCCCUCUGGGUCGACGCCAUCUGCAUCGACCAGCGGAACGAGGCCGAGCGGGCGCAGCAGGUCGCCCUGAUGAAGGACAUCUUCCGCAACGCGCACCAGACGUUCCUGUGGCUCGGCCCGGCGACCGCGGACAGCGGCCUCGCCAUGGACUCGCUGCGCAGGAUGAGCCGGUCGACGGCCUCCAUCGGCCAGCACUUCAACACGUGGUCCCGGUUCCCGUUCGCCGACGUCUCGUCCGGAUCCGACCCGCUGCUGGUCUCUAUCCGCGGCAUCCUCGACGCCACCCUGGCCGAGCUGUGCCUCGACGACUUCGCCAGGCUCAAGGCCCUCAGCGCCCUUUUCGACCGGCCGUGGUUCCGCCGCGUCUGGGUCAUCCAGGAGCGGGUGCUGUCCCUCCACUCGGUCGUCUGCUGCGGCCGGGAAUGGAUCGAGUGGGAAUGGUUCCGCCAGGGGUUCUGGCUGCUCUGCGGCGUGAGGGAUAACCUCAACAUCGUCGGCAGCGGCAGCGGCAGGCCCGACAGCGCGGCGCUGGCGGCCUUCCUCACGACGGCCAUGAACAGGGUCAUCCCCGUGUCCUUCACCCGGCCCAACUCGUCCCUGCUCGUGCUCUUCUCGCUGCUGUCCGGCAUGGCGGCCAAGGCCCAGCUGCAGGCCUCUGACCGCCGCGACUACGUGUUUGCCAUCCUGAGCCUGAUCGACCUGAGCCGGAGCCCGCUGAUCGUGGCGGAUUACACCAAGGACUGGGCGGCGGUCCGGAUCGAAGUUGCCAAGGCGUGCCUGAUCUACUACGGUCCAGGUUUCCUAUCCUUUGCUGGUCUAGGUCAAAGUGUACUCACAGAAGGUUUAUCUUCUCUCGGGGGGCAGAACGUGCCGUCUUGGGCGCCGGACUGGUCAUCGGCGAAUCUUCCUCAGCCCCUGAGCAUUCCCUCCAUGUUCGUUGUCCGUGGCCAAAACAGACAACAAGCCUACUCAACGCUGCCUGGACUCGCCCGGAAUCUCCCACUAGCGUUUUCCGCCGACAGCCGACUGUCGCUGGACGCGUUCCACCUGGACGACGUCGCGAGACUCGGGAACCUGUUCCCCGAGGCGGACGACUUCGCAGACGACACGGCGCGCGUCACCGCUCUCUAUCUCUGGCUCCAGGACCUCGAGGCCACGCUGCUGCCGCGCGCCAACCAGGUCUAUCGGGAUGCGGAGGCGGUGAAGGGCGCCCUUUGGAGGACCCCCGUCGCGGACCGCGCGUUUGCGUACAACUGGGAGACGGAGAGGGCGUCUGACGAGACGUUCUCGGCGUACCGGGCGCUGAGGGCGGGUGACGUCGGCGAGGGCGUCAAGUAUGCCAACAUUGCCAGCGUCAAGCUCCUUCGCAGACGUCCAUUCUUGUGUUCCGCUGGGUUUCUUGGGCUAGGACCCGUCGGGAUGUCUGUUGGUGACUCUGUAUGGGCUGUUCCCGGCGCGGAUGUGCCGAUGGUGUUUCGUCCCGGUGGCGAUGGUAGGUUCUCGGUCGUGGGUGAAGCAUAUGUCCACGGCAUCAUGGAUGGUGAGCUGCUGCAUCUGUUGCCGAUGAUGGAACUCCAAAAGAUCGGCCUGAAUUAA